CACCGAGAAAAAGAGAGACAGUUUUUGGAUUAUUGAGCUACUAUGCCUAUGCAGUAUUUGUUGUAAAUUGUUUAUUAUAAUGAAUUCGGCGCGGCAUCAUCGUAUUGGAGUAUUUCUGUCUCCAUAAAUUACAAAAAGGAUAAAGAGAAACAAGAAGCAAACUAAUAACGGAGCAAUCACGCAAAAGCAAAUACAAAAAAAAAAAAUUAUCUAGUCACAAAUAAAUAACUAAUAAAAGAAACAAACACACAAAAAAGGAAUAGAAUCAUCGCCUCACAAUAACAACGAAACAGAAAAUUUAUCGCUCAUAAAACAAGAGAAAAUCCUUUACAACUAACACACAUAUAUAAAUAUAUAUAUAUAUAAAUCUAAGGAUAAGAAGCUGGCAAAGAAAAUGCCAUAUCAUCGUGGUGAUACAUCGGCUCAGGCCGAUAAACUGAGCGGAAUUGUGGAGGAGAGUGAUCUAUAUGAAGGAUUUGCACCACAUGUCGAAACAUCGGAAAUUAAAACACUUGACUUUUAUACUAUACCAAAGCAAACUGGCAAAGAACCAGCCUUGCGCUCAUUUACGGAGAUUCAACAGCUAUUGCAACAGGGCAAAAAGCGUGAUGUGAAAAAUAUACUCAGAGAGAACUCUUGGCCCAUUAAUUCGCCCAUUAGAUCACAGUUAUGGCCAUUGCUUUGUGGCCAACAUUUGACCAAGCAGCAUAUGCUAGAUGGUUUCUAUUGGGAAAUGGUCCAUCAGGUCUUUGGCACCACCGAGUUAUCGGAGAAGCCAAUUAUGCUGCCCGCCUUUGUUGAUGCCAUCCAUUGUUUGCCCUAUCAUUUGACCAGCACAGGACGAGCUGUUGCCGAUCGUAUUGUGAAUGUAUUGGGCUAUGAUUGCCCCGAUAUUACCUACAGUCCAGUAUUGUAUCCAAUUACAUCGAUACUUUUGCAUUUCAUGUCGGAGGAAGAGGCCUACAUUUGCCUGGCUGGUCUAGUGGCCAGCAAAGAGAAGGUAUUCAUCAAUCAAACCAAAUUGCAGCAUGAGGUCACUUGGAAGACAGUUAUGCAAAUAGCUAAAAAGCAUACGAAGAGUGCCGUUUCGUAUUUUCAACGUAUUUGUCCUGGCCAGAAAUUGGAACGCGUUUUCAUGGACUGGUGCUGGUGGAUAUUAGCUGGUCUACCCUUUCAGCAUCUUGUGCGCAUUAUGGAUUGCUUUUUCCAUGAGGGCAUCAAGGUGCUCUAUCGCGUUGCCUUGGUCAUACUCAAUCUCUUUCACAAGGAAUGCCAAUCGAACAACGAAUGGAGUCCGGAUAAUAUUAAAAAUGACAUUGGCAAUGCAUUGAUUAAAUUCUGUAAAAAGAUACCAGUGUCGCCAGCGAAGCUGCUCCAUGCCGCUUUUAGUAUUAGGGGACUGAGUACCCAAUAUAUAUCUAGAAUAUCUAUCAAGACUGAAAUGCUAUUAAAGAGCCGCUCUGUGCUCAAUAGCAGCUCGAAGCAAUUAAUUAAAUCGCGUUCAAGUGAUAAUCUGCCCACUAGUCAGUCGCAGGUCAACAUACAAAUGAUGUCACAUACAUUGACCAUACGUGAGAAGCUGCACUCCGAGAGCUGUCGCAAUUUGGGCGAAAAGUCGCCUGGUCAUAGAGCCAUUGCCAUGGGCGUUUAUCCCAUACAUAAUCUGAAAAGUAAAGUUUGUGCGAAUGAAGAUCUAUUCACUCUGUGGUCGUGGCUGCCCGUGCGCAUUACAAUGUACCAACCGAAGUUGCUCUAUACAACCGAGGAGCAUGGCUGCUCGCUGACAACAUUCUAUGUGCGAGUAGAACAGCAUGAGCCCACUCUGCUCAUGAUCAAGACGUGCAAUAAUGAGGUAUUUGGUGCCUACUGCUCAUCGCGUUGGUUUGAACGCAAUGUCAAGGACGACAAGGGCCAGCGACAGGCCUACUUUGGCACAGGCGAAACCUUCCUGUUCUCACUGUAUCCCGAACGAGCCAAAUACCCUUGGGUAGGCAUUGAAGGUGAUAAGGAUUUGGGCCAUAGUUCGGAGCUAUUUAUGGCAGCUGAUUCAAAAAUGAUAACCAUUGGCGGAGGUGAGGGUCAAGCCAUUUGGAUGGAUGAGAAUAUACGCUUUGGCAAAACCGACGGCUGCAAGACCUUCAACAAUCCUCCACUGUGUCCAUCGGGUGAUUUUGAGAUACGUGUGCUCGAGGUCUAUGGCUUUGUAGGCAGCUAAGCUAAGCAACUGAGAAAUCAUCAUUAGAAGCAGCAGCAGCAGAAGCAGAAGCUCAGUUCAAUCCAAAAACCAAAUUGCCCGCCGAUGAUCAAGUGCUCAGCCAAAAAAGAAAAAAAAAAAGAUAAACAACUGCUAUACCUUUUAAAUCCCCGCCCCCUACUCCCGCCCCGGCCGUUAUUUGCUCUAUAUACACCCAAAUACACACACACACCCACACACAUACAUAUAUGUAUAUGGAAUGCUUACAGUGCCGCAAUGUCUGUGCGGAUGUCGUAAAAGGCAGCAAAAUAAAAUCUGUGUAAACAUUUAGAAAGAUUUAUUUAUAAAUGAAAACAAAAAAAAAACAAAAAAAAAAACUAUAGCCAUGCAGCAACAGCAGCAGCCGUAAUCGUUAUCGUUAUCGAUGUCGUGUUAAAUGUUACAUGUUUGAAAA